AUGUCUCCUCAAAUGGGAUCACUACAACAAAGUCGUUCUAAUACUCUAGAUAGCAGUCGCGGUUCACCUAAAUUACCAUCUAACGGUCCAUCUAGGAUGUCUUCCAUAAGAGACUCUAAUCGUGGACCACUCAGGGAUGGACCUAUGCGAUCUAAUUCUUUGAGAGAAUCUAGCCGUUCAAAUUCAAUUAGAAAUGGUCCACCCAGGAUGAAUUCUAUAAGAGGUGGUAGAUCGACAGCAAGGGCAAUGCCUCAAAGGUCGAAUACACAGGGUCGUACGCAAUUUUUACAACAACAAAUGUCAAAGAUGUCAGUCUCGGAUGAUGAUCAAGGUUAUAACGAUUACUACCAGGAUAUAGAUCAAUACGCUAAUAACAAUAUUACUAGUCCACCACCGAGUAAUGAAGAUUAUCAAGUUAAUAGGCCGACAUCUCGAUCUCCAAGUUUACGUGGUCGCGGUGGAAGAGGUUCUUUCAAACCAUCUCCUUUAUCUAUGCAAGGCGGUCUAUUGGCUUCUCCAACAGCGGAUAGUGGAGAGGAACAUUAUGCCAAGGAAACACAAUUCGAAAUGCUUCCUCCACCACAAAAAAAUAGUCUGCUGCAAUCUCCGUAUCCUAGUUCACCUGUUAAUGAAAUACUUAAAGAACCUACUAAGAUUAAAAUUAAAUGCUAUCAUAAAGACACUCGUGUAGUUUUGGUCUCAGCAAGUAUAAUUUAUUCAGAACUCAUUAAAAGGAUACAGGAAAAAUUUACCAUAGAAGCAUCCUUGCAAUUAAAAUAUAAGGAUGAAGACGGUUCGAUGGUCACGAUGAUAGAUCAAGAAGAUUUCGAAAUGGCUAUAUCAAUGAUUCCAAGAACAUCAAGUGAUAUCGGUAGAAUGGAGAUAUGGAUAGAAACUGAAUAA